AUGUUUUUGAGUAAUGAGGACUUCUUUGGGUUGGAAUUCAGAAGAAACUAUGCUAAUGCCAGCCACGGAGCAACAAUACCAAUGAACACGAGCCAACACAGAGAUGCUACUUGCUCAAAAUCGAAGAAACUACGACCUCAAUUUCAAACCCAGACAGUGACUCCCAAAAUCCGAUUGCAAACCAAACCAGCAGCAAGAAAAGUCAGGAUAUUUCGAAUUGAAGGUAAGAUUUAUUAUAUCAGAGAAACCGCAAGGCGAGCACAAGGGACGUAUAAAGACCUAACGCAAGAUAGAGGCAGCAGAAAACUGAUGAACGCCGGCGAGAAAACGGAAGUUGAUUUACCAACCGGAAAAGAGAAUGCGAUUCCGAUUUCAGGCCAAGGGAUGAGUUUGGGUUCUGAGGGUUUCUACGAUUUCACAGCGAUCAAUUCGACUCGAACCAAACAAACACCUCUGCGAUUCAUAUAA